CCAUGGCUUCUAAGGACAAGCCAUUCAAAGGUCAGCUCUAUGGAAAACUCCGACGACGGUGCCUCAGUAAGAGAAAGCUAUUUGUGGAUGGGGAAUUCCCGCCCACAGGCUCCUCCCUCUUCUUCAGUCGCCCCGCCCCUGCAGACAUAGUGUGGAAGAGGCCAAAGUCCUGGUUGAGGUGGAGGGCGCCAAAGUUGGGUGAUUUCCAAAACUGGGAAGUCAAGAUACUUGCGAUUGGAGGAGGUGUGGUCGCCUGGGGAAUUUUUCACUUCAAGUUCUGGCGCUGCGGCAACUGGGUGGACGUCGUCAUCGACGACUAUCUGCCCACGAGGAACGGACGACUCAUCUUUACACACUCCAAGUCCAGGAACGAGUUCUGGUCCGCGCUGUUGGAGAAAGCUUACGCCAAGUGA